CGACUGGGUUUCCUUCUCAUUUAAAAAAACACACCAUUACUGCACUCACUUGUGCUUAUAUUUCACGUGCCUACUGUGGAGCAGCAAGGAAAGCUCCUACCUGCAGACUGAGGGCACAUACAGCAGCUGAAAGACAAGUACUUCUCUAUGCGUUUGAUACUGGAUAGAGUGGUAUACAGACAUCAUCAAACCUCUCCCUCGGCUGGACACAGAGUAAUGUAAAGAGACACAUGUAAAACGACACCCCUCCCAUUUUAGUCGCAUGACUGUGACGUUAUCGCCUCCCCCAAUGGCCAGCUGUCAAACGAGCGGAAGUGACGCAAAUGCGGAAGUUUUGAUGUGUCUGAUCAUGGAGUCAGAUGGUUACAAGGAGCCGGAUGCGUGACAGAUUAGAGGGAAGCGACAGCAGGGGGCGCUGGAGAGUCUUGAAAUGGUCAGACCUCUGGGUCUUUUAUUGUUCCAUAAAUAUCAGCUGGCAUUUGAAAAACAUGGCGUCUUCCUUCACACCAGUACAAAGAGACAGAAUGAUCAGGGCGUGAUCCGCAUAAUUGAAAAACCAUCUGAUGUGAUCUUGCAGUGGAUUCCUGUGGAAGAAGAUGAAGAUGCAGCACAGAUUCAUUAUAAAAAAGAAUCUCCAGGAAGCGCCGAUUGCCGGACUGAAGAAGAACUGUUUGACCCUGGGUAUGAUCCAGAUUGGGCUGUUAUCAGUACUGUGGGAACUAAAGGACGCCCUCAAGAAGAGACACCAAAAGCCCCAAAGUCUGGGCACCGUGGGAAGUGGGCCUUUACCAUCAGCUUAUCAGAUUUGAAGUCCAUCCAGAAAAGCAAGCCUGGUUUGGGCUGGUCCUACCUCAUAUUUAUUACAAAAGAUGGCGUUUCCCAUCAGGCCUUGCAUUUUCAUCAGGGUGGAACAAAGGCUCUUCUCAAAGCCCUGCGCAAAUACAUCAUAUUAGCUAACUCUCCAAAAGAUUCCCGUCUGUAUUUGGUCUACCCACACAACUCCCAUGCUCUCUCCCAUUCCUUUGAUGAACUUCAGAUGUUUGAUGAUGGUUCUUCAGACUUAUUUUCUAGGUUUUUUGGGGAUCCUUACACUGCAACAUUUGGGGGAUUUUCGAAAGUCACAAACUUUUUCCGUGGCGCCCUUCGGCCCCAGGAUGGACCUCACCAGCGGCCUUUGUCAGAGCUGGCCGUUGGAUUGGAAGAUGAGCCAGGGUUCGAGGUGAUCACUUGCCAAGUUGAACUGGGAGAGCGUCCAGUUGUGCUUCGCCAGGAACCUGUAAGUGAACAAGAAUGGGAGUCCUAUUUCGAUCUGGAGGGUCGUGUGAUAGAGGUGGAAGGACUGAAAAGGAGGAUCUUCUCUGGGGGUUUGAGUCCUGGGACACGGAAAGAAGCAUGGAAGUUCCUUCUUGGCUACUACUCAUGGAACAGUACAGUGGAAGAAAGAAAGACAACAGUUCGAGAAAGAACGGAUGAAUAUUUCCGCAUGAAGCUGCAGUGGAAAUCUGUUACUGAAGAUCAGGAGAAGAGGAACACUCUGCUGAGAGGCUAUCGGAGCCUGAUAGAAAGGGACGUCAGCCGCACGGAUCGGAACAACAAGUUCUACGAAGGGAACGACAACCCAGGAUUAGGUCUUCUUAACGACGUGCUUAUGACAUACUGCAUGUACAAUUUUGAUUUGGGUUAUGUGCAGGGAAUGAGUGAUCUCCUCUCCCCCAUUCUCUUUGUCACACAAAAUGAGGUUGAUUCCUUCUGGUGCUUUGCUGGAUUCAUGGAGCUGGUGCACCAUAAUUUUGAGGAGAGCCAAGAAAGCAUGAAGAAGCAACUGGCCCAGCUGAACCUUCUCCUCCGAGUGCUGGAUCCAGCGCUCUGCGAUUUCCUGGAUUCCAAGGAGUCUGGGAGCUUGAGCUGUUGCUUCCGGUGGCUGCUUAUCUGGUACAAGCGGGAGUUUUCCUUCCAAGACAUUCUUCUACUUUGGGAGGUGCUGUGGACAGGUCUACCCUCUCUGAAUUUCCACCUUCUGAUUGGCUGUGGCAUCUUGGACUUAGAACGGAAAGCACUCAUGAACUCUGAUUAUGGCUUUAAUGAAAUCCUUAAACACAUUAACGAGCUGACCAUGAAGAUGAGUGUGGAGGACAUUCUGUGUCGGGCCGAAGCUCUGCAUCAGCAGUUGGCACAUUGUCAGGAUUUGCCCCUUAAUGUUAAAGAGCUUCUUGGUUUGGCAGAAGUCAAGAGCCCGGCCCCCAGCACGGAUACAGCGAGCCCACCUCAACCUCUCUCACCGAGCCAAGUCAACGAGUUGGAUCUUACAGACAGCGUGUCUCCAAGUCAGCCUGACAGCAGUAUUGAAAUCCUGCCCACAGAAGAUACUACAACCUCUCAAAGUCUGUCGCCUUGAUUAGCUGCCUCUAAUGUAGGACUUGGUUUUCCUGUACGGUCUCGUGCCCUAAUUUCAUACGUGGGGCCAGUCACAGACUCAUUUAAUGGUAACACAAAAAACUGUUUCAAAACUGCCCGUUUGUCUAAGAGAAUUUUAGUCCCUCCCCUUUCCUACACCCGUUAUUCCACAUGGAUAAACCAUAGAAUUAGAUCUGUUACAAAAUGGAAGGGAUCCUACCCUGCACCCCUCUAGCUGUUUCUGAACUGUUCAACACUUUCUUUUGUACACAGUGUGUUGAACAUCAAGCCCCCCCCCCCCCCCAAUCUUCCUCCUGGAAAUCCUUACUAAUUCAUUUGCUCUCAACACUAAGGCUGAUUCUUGCAUUGUAAUAAGAGUGAGGCAGAUGGGAGUAUCCAUUAACCAAUGAACAGGAGGGCAGUGUGGGAGAUGUUAUAUUUGCCACAGCAGAGACAACAGAAUAGCACCAUCUUGUGGUCAUAAAUAGAUGACACGUGUUGGAGAAUGCUUCUGCAAAGUAAUACAGCCAUUCCCACACCUAUGUAGGAAUGCAGAAAAGGAAUGCGCUAUAAUCCUCUACCUCGUAAUUUAACUUCUAACCACGGGAGAGCAGUGAAAGAUAAAUCUUAACUAGAAACUGACUAGGUGAUCUCUUUGAGGGUAAGAAGGAUUCACAUAUUGUAAUGCAAAGCCUGUGCCAAUGAAGACUUUCUUUAAGUGGGUAAAAGAACAACAUUAGGUCCUUUAAUAUGAUGAGGGACACCAAUUACAGGUAUGGGAUUUGUUAUCCAGAAAGCUCCAAAUUACGGAAACACCAUCUCCCAUAGACCCCAUUUUAUCCAAAGAAUCCAAAUUUUUCUCUGUAAUAAUAAAACCGUACCUUGUACUUGAUCCAAACUAAGAUAUAAUUAAUCCUUAUUGGAGACAAACACAGCCUAUUGGGUUUAUUUAAUGUUUACAUGAUUUUCUAGCAGGCUUAAGGUAUAAAGAUCCAAAUUACAGAAAGAUGCAUUAUCCGGGAAAACCCCCAUGUCCUAAGCAUUCUAGAGAACAGAUCCCCCUACCUGUAUUUAAAAUAAUUAGCCUUUUUAACAGGGCUUGUUUACCUUUACACAGCUUGUCUUCAUUUUUUAUUGUUUGUGUAAUUACAGCUCUUCAGUGGGAAAGUCCAGCAGCUAUUUGGUUUCCAGGGUCCAAUUUACCCUAGCAACCGGCAGUGAUUUGAAUGAGAGGCUGGAAGAUUAAUAAAAGAAGGACUGAAUAGGAAGAUAUAACAAUAUAAUUGUUGUUUCCCAGAGGAAUAGGUUUUCAGCUGCUGUGGUUAGCUUUGAGAGCUGGGAUGAGGCAGAAGUGGAAGGCUGAUAAUUAAAAAAAAAAAUAAAAAAAAUAAAAUAAAGACCAGUUGAAAGGUUGGUAUGAAUUGGACAUUCUAGAGCAUACUAAAAUGUUGCUUAAAGGUGAACCACCCCUCUAAGGAGAGACAUUUUACAUGAAUAAUUUUGCUUUGUUUCUUUUAGUUUUAUGUCUGGUUAAUUGUGAGAAUAGUGUCAUACAUCUCUAAGA